AUGGGCGCUCGCCUUCUCUUCCUCUGUUUCUCUGUGUCAGAGAGGAAAAAGUCGAAAAAAAGGAGUGAAAAUGAAUGGAAAGCAAAGGAGAAAAAUAGGAAUAAAUGUGCGAGAUGGCGAGAGCGAGCGAGGCGCAGACAUCGAACGCCUCCACUCCACCUUAUCAAAAAUUCUUCCCAAGAAUUACGGCUCACAGAUUUGAAUUCAAAGCUCUCUCCAAAUUUCCAUUGA